AUGGUUCUCCCUUUGCCCUGGCUCUCCCGAAGCUGCUGCCGUCGCCUCCUCCUGCCACCCUGGCCCCUGGCACUCCAGGGCUCCUGGAGGUGCUGCUCCCAGGGUCCCAAGGCAAGUACAGAAAAGACUAGCUCCACAGGCGCUGGGCAGAUGUCACCUUCCAGGGACCCCUGGCCCCGCCCCACAGCUGAGCUGGCCCAAGCUGAGGAGCUGCUGGAGCAGCAGUUGGAGCUGUACCAGGCCCUGCUCGAAGGGCAAGAGGGGGCCUGGGAAGCCCAGGCCCUGGUGCUCAAGAUCCAGAAGCUGAAGGAACAGAUGAGGAGACACAGAGAGAGCCUGGGAGAAGACACCUAA